AUGCUUCAACUUCGUCGACUCCAGGACCUGGUUCUUAUGCUGGCCUUCCUUCAGCAAACCUGUCUUGCUGUUCCUCGUUGGGGCAGGGGAUAUUGUGCUACUGCAGGCCCAGAUGAAUCGUUGAAGGCGGAAUUUAGAAAAUUGAGCGCUCUCGAAAAUGAUGGCAUAGUCGAGCAAGGAAGUCGUAAGGCGCUGGAGCCCAUUGAGAUAGAGGUAUGGUUCCAUGUCGUGAGCAGCAAAGCGAGUGGCGACGUGGUUUCGGACGGUAUGAUUGCUACUCAGUUAUCUUACCUCCAAGAUGCAUAUCAAAACGCUUCAAUAAGCUACCGUCUCGAAGGGGUAACGCGCCAUAUCAACGAUAAAUGGGCGCGUAAUGAAGACGAGCUUAGCAUGAAAGAUGCCCUCCGUAGAGGCAGCUACCGAACCCUCAAUGUCUACUUCCAGUCCGAUCUCCAAGUUCUCUCAGGCUCCGAAUCUCAGGGUCGUCUGCUCGGUACUUCGGAACAGUUAUCAGCAAGCGUUCUCGGCUUCUGCACUUUACCCGACCCGAGUAUUAACAGUACUAGUCUGCGUUCCAGCUAUGUGAAGGACGGAUGCAACGUGCUUGCAAAAACUAUGCCAGGGGGGUCUCUAACGCAUUAUAACCGAGGCGGAACCGCCAUACACGAAAUUGGUCACUGGAACGGACUCCUGCACACUUUCGAGGGGGAGUCUUGCUCCCUUGACAACGAGGGUGAUUAUAUAGAAGACACACCCCAGGAGUCUAUUCCGACCGAUGGAUGUCCUGCUCGCAAAGACUCAUGCCCAGGAAGCCCGGGUGUGGACCCUGUACACAACUUUAUGGAUUAUUCUUCUGAUGAGUGUUACGAGCACUUCACGCCGGCCCAGGUUAAGAGGAUGCGUGACAUGUGGUUCACGAUGAGGGAAGGGAAAUGAUAAAAAUAGCCUCACUGGUUCACCAUGGUACCACCGACAUGUAACAAGUAAUGACGGGGACAGGGAAUUGGUGCAAAUUGAUACAUAGCGGACCCCAUGGACAGCGCUUUGAUGCCCUAUGUGGCCGUACUGCAUGAUUCAUUCAUAUCUGUUUGACGGUCAAUGAGAAAGCCCUUUUCCUGG